AUGUCCCUUACAUUGGGGGUCAGUGGGAAGAAUGUCCCUUACAUUGGGGGGUCAGUGGGAAGAAUGUCCCUUACAUUGGGGGUCAGUGGGAAGAAUGUCCCUUACAUUGGGGGUCAGUGGGAAGAAUGUCCCUUACAUUGGGGGUCAGUGGGAAGAAUGUCCCUUACAUUGGGGGUCAGUGGGAAGAAUGUCCCUUACAUUGCGGGUCAGUGGGAAGAAUGUCCCUUACAUUGGGGGUCAGUGGGAAGAAUGUCCCUUACAUUGGAGGUCAGUGGGAAGAAUGUCCCUUACAUUGGGGGUCAGUGGGAAGAAUGUCCCUUACAUUGGUGGUCAGUGGGAAGAAUGUCCCUUACAUUGGGGGUCAGUGGGAAGAAUGUCCCUUACAUUGGUGGUCAGUGGGAAGAAUGUCCCUUACAUUGGGGGUCAGUGGGAAGAAUGUCCCUUACAUUGGGGGUCAGUGGGAAGAAUGUCCCUUACAUUGGGGGUCAGUGGGAAGAAUGUCCCUUACAUUGGUGAAGUCAGUGGGAAGAAUGUCCCUUACAUUGGGGGUCAGUGGGAAGAAUGUCCCUUACAUUGGGGGUCAGUGGGAAGAAUGUCCCUUACA